ACAAAUCGUGUUGAAUGUGGAAUCUGAAUGUACCUCUAGGAAUCGUGAUGGACUAUGUGGUUUGUGAGUGUAGCUCUAGAUUCGUGAGUGUAGCUCUCGAUUUUGUUGGUGUGGAUAUAGUUUGGUCCUCGAUUUGAUUAGCUUCUCUAAGAUUUCAAUUAAAGAAGAAGAGAUUAAGCUUUCACGUGAUGUAGCAGACGAGAAUAUUGGAGUUUGAGGUCCGGUGAAGAGACGGAGACCUAGAGAAUGGAUGGUUCCAUCAACACCUACGGCAAGAGCUUAUGGUGUGAAGGUUUUUCAAUUUUAGGAGCUGCUCUUGCUUGGAGAGCUGUUAAAGAAUCUACCUAUAGGAUGGUAAAUGAGACACCAAUGACACAAGACAAUCAACCUGCAUUAUCAUCUUUCAUGUCUAAAGAAAAUGUAGAAAGAUUAGCUCUUGGAUUGUGUGAAAUGCGUGGAACUGCUCUUAAAGUUGUGAAAAUGUUGAGUAUACAUGAUGAGAGUUGUUCCUGCUCUGAUAAAUAUCAAAUCCAAACCAUUAUCGUUUUGUGGAAGCUGAAGCUAUGUGGAAAUAGUUUUGAGAUCAAAGAGAUUGGUGAGAAGAUAUUUGUUAAGAGUAAGAGAAGUUCGUCUUCGUCAUAGAUUUCAAUCGUCGGUUUCUUCGGCUUGUAGUUUGCAGGUUUUCUACAGGUAGAAUCUGCAGCUAAUGCUUUGUCAAAAGUUUGCUACAAUUUUCCAUCGUCAUGCAACUUACAAAUCCAAAGUUGGCUACAUA